UCUCCUUCUUGUACAAUUAAACAGUUGGAAGUGAGAAACUAAGUUGGGAAUUUAAUGCGAGCUUUCCUCUUAAUUCCACUCUUUAAAUAAUCCAGCGAGGGUUCUGAGCUCGCCUGCUCCAAAAUUCUCACCUUCCGCCAUUAAAGACAUCAACCACGACCUCUAGCUCUCCCCUUCUCUCUCUCCCUCUCUCUCUUCCGGCCACAAGCUAGCCCUCCUCUGUUCUCCUGGGGAUAGCAGCAGUAGCGGCAGCAGAGGGAUCAUAAAACAACAAUAUUACCUACUCCUCUGCAUCUUCCCCCUGCUGCUACAUCGCACAGAGUACUGCGCCGUGUGAAGCACACAAGCUUCCUCCUUUCCUCCAAAGUUCUCAUCUUUCCUUUCCGUUCCUUCUUCCUCCCCCUCCCUCCUCUCCUCUCCUCUUCUCUCUGGUAGCCGACCGUACUCCGCUGGGUUUUCUCUCUGUUUGCUGUUUCUCGCUUUGAAGUUAUCUUUACCCCUUUAUUCCUCUGCAAGAUCUCGGCGGAAUCCCCCCUUUUUGCUGCUUCUUUGUUUCCCGUUCUAAAGAUUUCACCUUGGCCGCCGCUGCUGGUUGAGGUUUCGCUACCGUGCGCUUGUCCGCUCCGUGGAAAGUGGAAACAGAGGUUCCGGGGAAGGAAACGGCCGCCGGGAUAUGAAGAAAGCUCGCACCUUGCGCGUCUUCUGGAACGACCCCGACGCCACGGACUCCUCCGGGGACGAAGAACAUUACGGCUUCUCUGGUCGCCGUCGGGUAAAGGAGAUUGCUUUCGAGUGCUGCGAAAGAAAGGGAGGGAGGGCGAGGAGGAAGCGGGCGGGGGAGGAGCGUCGCAAGCCGAGCGGCGGGAGCACAAAGUUCCGCGGCGUCCGCCGGCGGCCAUGGGGGAAGUAUGCGGCGGAGAUCCGCGACCCCUCGCGCGGCGUCCGCGUGUGGCUCGGCACCUUUGACACCGCCGAGGAGGCGGCAUUUGUGUACGACUCCGCCGCGUUGCAACUCCGCGGCCCCGGCGCCGCCACUAACUUCUCCUCCGCUUCCGCCGCUCGUCCCGCCGCUCGAGAGGAGCCCAUUCCCACAUCCGUCUCCGCCGCCUAUGACUCCGGCGACGACUCCCACGUCCUCUCCUCCCCCACCUCCGUUCUCCGGCCAUUCCCCUCCCGCUCCGUUAAUGAAACGCCCGCAGAAGACCACAACGCCGGUCUUUGGUCACCGGAGUUCCUACCAAUUCCAUUGGACGACGCGCCGCCCUUAUACAACGAUCUUUCGUGUUCAGCUCUGUGGCAGUCGACCCAACCAAGCCUCUACCAGAAGGAGACAACAUCCUGGAUCGCCUUCUCCGCGCCGCCGCAGUACUACUCGGCGAACGAUUCGCCGGCGCGGGAAGAGAACGAUUACUUCCACGGGAUCGGCGAUCUCUUCCCGCUCGAACCGCUACCCGCUAUAUUCUAAAAUUAAACUCUUCGUAACUCCGCUACUUUGUGCCGUUUUUCCUCGGAGGCGGCCGUUACUUAAAUUUGUGGCGCUUGUGGCUUGUCCUGCUCAUUGUAUCGGUUAUUUUGUUUAAAAAUUAAGGCGAAAUUUUGGCGUGUAUCAGUGAAUUAUUUAUUUAUUUUAAUCGUUGAAAAUU